AUGGUAUACACCAGCCGGAAUCUGCCGCAACAAAUUCCUCCAGCCUGCACCAUCUUCACCGAUGAACAGCCCCCUACAAGCUGGAUAUAUCUCGUCGCGUUGGCAUCACAUAUCGCCACCAGCAACGACAUUCCCAGUCAUCACCGGCACGAAGACCUUCAAAAGUACGCAUCGUCCAUUGUUGCGGCAUCCAGAGCCGUCCACCCCGGAUGGCCUGCUGAUGUGGAAGUAGAGAUAGAACUCUGUGGUGUGGCUGAUCCUGUACGCACUUUCGCGGAGCUCUGCGUUAAUGGUGAGGAACUGCUUGUCGCCGCAGACGCGAAGAACUCUAACGCCGGAUACCAUCAAGUAGGCCCCGAUGGUUCGUUGGCGAAAGCCUGCCUGCAGACUUUGCAGGGGAAACACCAUGAGUUUCUGAGCGGCGUACAGAUGAGCGUGGACUUCGUCGUGCUGAUAUUGUACGGUAAAAAGCGACGUUGCGACGCUGCAGAUAACACCCGUGAUGACCAGACGCGCCGAGAGCUAUUCGCGACCGGACUUGGCAGAGAGUGGUGGUUUCCAGCGUGGAUGGGCAGCAAUUGCAGACAUCGGGUCAUGCGCGAGUGGGCUGGGCAUGAUCCUUUGUAUGCGGGCGUAGAUGCCACCGGUACGGUCCAGCGAGGUGUCGGUGAUGUAGGCGGUGGGUUCAGAGGUGGAAGUGCAUCCUGGAAGCAGCUGGCCUCGAUAAAAAGGCAAGAGAGAAAAAGAGAGGAAAACAUGUCCACUCCAAGCCCCGAUAGGAUGGAGAAGACACGGCAGAUGUCCCCGUUUAUCUGGAUGUACCAUCCCUCCAGACCGCCCAAUUCUCGGAGUUUGUCGACGGUAAAGGAGGCGAUGUGA